AUGGGCCAAGCCCUGUCGGACGCACUUGGGGACUCUCCACCACCACACGAUACUCUAGACCCGGGCCCGCUGAGCGACGCCGAGCUGGCCGAAGCGCUGAAGCGCUUCGCAGAGCACGCCACGGACGGCGCGCUGGCCCAGGGCGCGUUCGACGCCAUCGCCGAGAAUAAGCAAGACGACUUCGCCGCGGCCGCGCGGCACGCGAGCUUUUACGACGCGGCGCGGGCGCGGGCGGCGACGGUCGACGUCCGGGCGUUCUUGGAGUUCUGCGGAGUCGCGACGCGGGGCUCGCGGUCGCGGCGCUUGGAGCACGUGGUGACGGCCGGCCUCGGCGUGCGGACGUUGAGUGAUGCCUGCGACGCGGCGCAGACGAAGCGGCUCGCGGCUCUGAUGUUUUCCCUCGUCGGGGCGGAACCAUCGCCGGCGGUGGAGCGCGCCCUCUCUAUGUAUGAAGACGCGGGCGCCUGCGCGCGCUGGUGCGACCGGAACGCGCCGGGCCUCGCGGACGCCUACGCGGCGUGGGCGCGGCGGCGGUUCCUGGACGACGCGCGGCCCGCGCCCACGAUACCCGCGGCGAGCGGCUUGCUCGCACCCGCUUCGGUACGAGCGUGCCUCCUCCUGUCUGAUGUGCGGACGUACGGCGGCCUCCUGCGGCCGCUCUACGCGUCGUCCAAGGACGGCUGGUCCUUCCAGCGCCUCUGCCGCGAGAUCCUGGGCUGGGCGGGCCCCACGUUGUUAGUUGCGCGCGCCGGCGCCCGCACCUUCGGCGUGCUCGCGGACGAGGCCUGGCGGGACGACCGGAAGCCGUUCGGGGCCGGCGGCUGCCGCCUGUACACGUUCGCGCCGGCCUUCGCCGUCGCGCGGCCCCGCGCGGGGCAAUCUCAGGACCUGCUCUACCUGAACACGAAGGGCUCGGCCAGCGUUCCGAAGGGCCUGAUCAUCGGUGACGGCGCCGUGCACGUCCCCACGGAACUCGGCGACGCGCGUAUUAAGGUCGGACGAUCCCUGGCGUUCGAGAGUCUGGCUCUCGUCGACGACGCGACGGUGCGCCGCGACGGCGGGUGGGUGGACGUCGACGAGUUGGAGGUCUGGGCCGCCGGCGACGCGGGCGCCCUCGAGGCGGCGGCGGCGGGCCGCGCCCGGGCCCGGGGCCUGCGCGCGGACCACAUCGCCCGGGCGCGCAAGGUCGACAAGGCCAAGUUCCUGACCGAGUUCGACCAGGAGAUGCUCCUCGGGAAGACGUUCAACACGGGCGCGGACCGGGCGAGGACGUAG